AUGUACUCGACGUUUGGACGGCAUUCGGACGAGUGGCACUCGAUGGGCCACACCGAAACCAUUGCCAAGGCCGAGAAGAAGGGCACAGUGAAGUUUGCCACAACAUUCACCAUUGUUUACAAGUUUGCGGCCAUCCAGCACCUGAGGUUCGCGGUGUGGGUCGGACAAGGCGUGCGGCGGAUGAAGCUGGGCACUGUCGAUGCGCGGCUGUCGGAGAUUGUGCGGGCGUCCGACUCGCUCUCCAAGAUGAUUGUCCACGUCUCGGUUCACAAGCAGAACCCCGGGUUUAUGCUUCUGCGCGCGUCAGAGCAAAUGCUCCCGCCGCGCAAGGUUCCGCCGACACUGGCGGCCGAGUUUGUCGGCUGUGCCAACUACGUGCCGUCUGAGGAGGACCGCCAGGAGGCAGCAGGCGCCGACGGGACCCAGAUUCUUGGCGACGAGGAGGACCCGAAUGUUGACCUUGUCGGCAACGGUGCCGUCAUGGGCGACGUCAAGGGCUUUGAGGCCGACGACCCGUUUGCUCAGGCAGUCGCCGCCGCGGAUGUCAUCGAGCCCGAGCCGCUGCCAGCCGCUGCCCCGGUCGCCAACCCAUUUGGCUCCGACUCAGAGACUGACUCGGAGGGAUCCGACUCGGAGCCGGAGCCCGCGCCGGCACCGGCACCAGCCGCCGCGAAUCCGUUUGGUUCGGACUCGGGGUCGGACGUCGAGUCGGACUCGGACUCGGAAGACGGUGAUUUGCAGGUAGGUGGCGCUACCGCUGCCGCUGCCGCUGCCGCUGCCCCGGUCCGCCAGCCGUCGGACCGCAGCCGCCCGCCGCAGGUCACUCCGCCGUGGCGCGUCGAGUGGAACGAGCAGUACAACGAGUGGUACUUUUACAAUCGGGCAACGGGCAUCUCCACGUGGACCAAUCCUGCCGAGGCGCCGGCGGACACGGAUCCGGAGCACAAGGCGCUGGAGGACGCAUACUUGACCGGGCUUGUUGCGUUUACCAAGGCGCCGCCAGCGGUUGUGGUGGAGCAGCCGGAGCCGACGCCCGAGCCGGCUCCCGAGCCGGCUCCCGAGCCGGCUCCCCCAGCUGCGCCGGCGGUCACCCGGCCGCGGUCACUCUCACAGAGUCAGCCGUUUGCGGCGGCCUCGCGCUCGCUGGUCAACAUGAAGCAGUACGCGCACCGGACCGGCCUGCUCAAGGUUCAGGGCAAGUGGCGCAUUGUGUGCGCCGUCGGCAAAGACGUCUUGGUCUACCGUAAGAAGGCCAAGGAGACCGAGCUGCCCAAGAUCUCCAUCCAUCUCCCAGGCGCUAUGAUUGCCCGCGGCAAGAAGCACGACGAGUUCAUUGUCUCAACCCCGUCAGCUCCGGUCUUCACCUUUAAGACCUCGUCGGAUGCCGAGGUUACCGAGUGGAUGUCCAUCAUCCGCGACGUCAUCAACGACCACGCCCCGGCCCGCGACCUCCCGGACCUUCCCGAUCCUGCUGCUGCUGCUGCGCCGUCGACGCCGAGUGUGCUGCAACGGAACCGAGGCACGCUGCCGCCGCUUGGGCUCUCGCAUGGUGGCUCGUCUGGCAACCUCACGCCGCAUCGCUCGCCGAUGCCGUCAGGCGCUGCGACGCCGACGGCCUGGACACCGCGCGGGUCGGAGCCUGCCUUGUCCGACGAUCUGGCGUCGUCGGGUGCUUGGGCGUCUGCGUCGACGGGAUAUGGCGGCGAGACGCGCGGGGCGCACGUGCCGGGCGCGAUUGCUGCCGCCAACGCCGGGCCGGACGGCCCCAAGGGCUUCCACGUCAACGAGGCUGCAAACGAGGUCAACAACUACCCGCCGUUUAUCUUUGACGAGCUUCCGGACGAGCCGGACCGGAUGGAUUACAUUCCGUACUCGAACCCGUACUCGUUCAUCUCGUACAUCUCGUCGUCGACAACGCUGCAUCUCAUGGUGGGCAUCGACUUUACGGUCUCGAACGGCGACUUUCACUCUAACCGAUCGCUGCACCAUGUUGCUCCCGGCGCGCCGCCGAACCAGUACAUGCAGGCCAUCCAGGCCAUUGGCUCAGUGCUGACCGACUACUGCAAGGUGGACGCCAUGCCUGUGUUUGGUUUUGGCGGCGUGCCCCCGGCGCGCAAGAGGUCUCGCACUGCUUCCCGCUCAACGGUUCGAACACGCAGCCCGAGUGUUCGGGCUUUGAGGGCGUGUUCGAGACGUACCGGGCGGCGCUGCACAACGUGGAGCUCUCCGCCCCGACGGCGUUUGCGCCGCUGCUCAACCGCGCCAUCCAGUACGCCAUGGCGGCGCAGGACAUGUCGCCGGACGACUACUACGUGCUCCUUCUUCUCACCGAUGGGUGCAUCACCGGCGGAGUGGGCGGGACGGAGCUGCUGCAGGAGACCAUCGACGCGCUUGUGCUGGCGUCGACGCUCCCGCUCUCGGUCAUUAUCGUGGGCAUCGGCGACGAAGACUUUUCACAGAUGACCAUGCUCGAUGCCGACGACUCGCCGCUGAUCAACUCGCGUGGGCAGGUUGCAGUCCGCGACAUUGUCCAGUUUGUGCCGUUCAACGCCAUGUGCCUCGAGGAGCUGGCUGGCUCGGUGCUGGAGAACCUGCCCGAGCAAAUGCUGGCCUACUUUGCGUCGCGCGGCGUGUAUCCCGGCAAGUACGCACCGAUGCCCGGACACGCGCUGCGCAUGCCGUCGCUCGACGCCACCACCCCGGCGGCCCGCCAGCUGCCCCUGCGCCUUCCUUUUCCUCGUCGCCGGCCGGCUAUGGUGGCCCGCCGACGGUCGCUGGCUACGGUGGCCCGCCGGCGCCCGCCAGCUACGGCGGCCCGCCGACAACGCCGCCCAGCGUUGGCGGCCAUGCCUCGGCCGGCUACGGCGGCCCGCCGGCGACACCUCCAGCUGCGAUUCACACCCCGCCGGCAUCAAUCCCGGCCUCCCUCCCGACCUCGCCAGGCCUCCCGCACGGGUGGGAGCUGCGGCACACCGACCGCGGCACGCCGUACUACGUCGAUCACAACACCCGGCAGAACGUGUGGGAGCCACCGCCGCACGUCCUCUACCACACCCAGCUCCAGCAGCUCCGGGCCAUGGGCUACCACAACGACGAGGCCAACGCGCGCAUCCUCGCCGAAUGCAACGGCGACAUGGAGCGGACCAUGGCCCGCAUCCUCGGCUGAAUGAAUUCCUCUUGGUGAGGCCCCAAACCGACCACC